AUGUUCCCCUUCUCCAGAAAACACAAGACCCCCGUCAGCACUUACACCAACUCCUACCGCCCACCGUCCUCUGUCAAAAAGUCCUUCUACAAGCAGGCUCCACAACGGCAGCUCUGGAAUGAAAACAAGUUUGUGACGCAGGGAUUACGGGUGCCCGUGGUGCAAAAUCCAUCGAGCCAAGGUCAGCCCAAGCACCUGGUUAAGGCGGAGAUGCAGGACAACCAGGAGUACUUCAGGAACACCAUCGAGCCCACUGCCUGCUGGCCCGAGAAGUGCUGGCUGGCCAGGUCCGAAGAGAAGUACAACCCAAUUUUUGUCAACGAGGACAAACACGUCACCUGGAGAACAGGUCCCUACAACAGCGCUGCCUGGCAUAAGCACGCCUCUUACCUCCCCCUCCCACCCAAGGGGACAAGGAUGGAGACCUUCCUGCACAGCACACCCAAUCCAUACCCCCUGAAACCCACCUGCCUCAGCCAGCCCCGGACAGACAUGGUCGUCGACAAGCUGCGCAGGCUGUCACGGCACUCCCCGCCAGCCCUGCGGCCCCUCUACACCGUGGCGGGGAGGGGACCCUUCCAGGGCUACUACAGCCCCUGCUCCGGGCGCCACUACUGCCUGCAAGGGAUGGACUAAUACGUUGAUGGGACCUCUGCCAUCAGGAGACAUCUCCACCCACCAGGAGAGAGGGCUGCGUACCCCGUGCUGCAGUUACAACCCCGGAGCAGUGUUCUGUGCGCCUACACAUCGCCCCAAGCCAUCCUCCAUGUACAGGAGCCCUAG